AAAAAAAAAAAAAAAAAGAAAAAAAAAGAAAAAAAUCUCUCUCUACGGAACCCUCCAUCGACACCAUAGGUAUCUCCGCGCUUAACCCCGCCUUGGCCUGUCUUGCAUAGCAUUUGCAUCCAUCCAUUCUGCAUCCAUCCAUCCAUCCAUCCAUCCAUCCAAUCAAUCAAUCGUUCCGUCCAUUGCGCGCACACAUUCCGACGCAGCGCUCCGCUUCCGCUUGCGGCGACGAGCUCACGGACGGUUACACGACGCGCGCGAGCAAACGAGCGCUUCGACCAGCCAGCCAUGAGCUCCGCCACCUCCUCCUCCUCCUCCUCCUCCUCCUCGCACGGCGGCGGCAGCGGUCUCCCUCUCUCUCGCCCUCGCACCCAUCUGCCUCGCCCUCGUUCGCGCUCGUCGUCUCAUUCUCAUUCGUCUGUUUCUCGCAACUUUGUUUCUCGCAAGUCUGCUGGCACUGGCACUGGCACUGGCGAUAAAGAGGGCUUGACGCCUGUUAGGAUUCGGGGCAGGAAACGGAAGAGUGGGCAUAGCGCUUUGGAGUCCGGUACUACGACGCCGAAGACUGCGCCUAAGACUACGUCCAAGCACGCGUCUGGGGGGUCGAUUCCUUCUGCGUCGGGUUUGGCUGCUUUGUCUGCGACUCCCUCUACGACUCCGUCUGCGACUCCGUCACAAGUCCUAGGCAAGCGUCGUCGCCGGGGCCGCGGCCGCCCUCCGAUCCUCUCCUCCGCUUCGCAAACGCCGGGAUCGAGCGCGGUGAGCAGCAGGGCUGGGACGCCAUCGAUGGGGGACACAGAGAGCUGUGGGAGCACGACAACAACUGCAUCUCUCGGGACGAACAGCAGCGCACGCGCACACUGCAACAGCAACGAAACAACCGGGGCGGCGCGACGGAAGCGGGCGCGCUUGGCGGGCGUGGAAAAAGGCUCCAAGAGGAGGGGCGCAAGGAUGUCACGGCUCGAGCAGCUGCCCGUCGAAAUACUGGAGAUGGUGUUCUGGGAGAGCGGGAACGUGGACCUGCCGGCCGCGAGCCCGGUCCUGGCCGCGAAGCUGGGCUCCGAGCAGGUGCGCAUGGCGUUUUGUCUGCGCGCGCUGUAUGCGCGCUAUGAGGAGGAAGGCGAGGCAGGGGCCGCGGCCGCGGCGCUGCAGAGCAAGCUGCUGGCGCGCCGGUUCUUCACGUGGGACUGGUUCACAAAGUACGCGGAGCGGGCGCGCACGAGCCGGGCGCACCGCGCGUGGGUGGACGCGUUCAUGGAGGAGGAGACGAAGAAGGGCCGCCCUGAGUUUGUGGACCCCGGCGCGCUGAGGGAGGAGUACGGCGAGGGGGUGCGGACGUUCCACGAGCGCCCGCUCGCCGACUUUGUCCGCCUCGAUCUCUUCUCCUGGGAGUACGACGUGCCGCGGUACAUGCGGCUGCACAAGGACACGAAGAUCCCCGAGAAGCUGCUCAGCGGGCCGUGGGACGCGGGCAAGGCGCUGCUGCUGCGCGUGCUGGUGUGGCAGGCGCUGGGCGUCGACACGGAGCACAGCUCUGCGGCGGAAACGGUGCGGCACGGCGUGUUUGCGGCGCUGCGCGGGCAGCAGAUGCGCGCGCUGGACGAGCUGCUCUGGCUCGCGCAGUACGAGACGGGCGACGAGCCGUCGACGGCGAUGCUGCGCUGCGCGGUCGUCGAGGCGGGCUGUCCCGAGGCGCAGGUCGAGACGCUGCUGGGCUGGGCGGAGCUCAAGGGCCAGGUCAACUGCUAUGAUGCGGCCGUGUGGGCGUGGGCGGAGAGGGAGGGCGGCGAGCGCGCCGAGUGGUUGAAGAAAAGGCUGCAGGAGGCGGAUGAGAUGAUUGAUUUGAGGAAGCCGCGGGCUGUGGGUUAGGGGAUAGAGUUGGGUGGGGAUAGUAGAGUUAGAGAUACCCGGCUUGUCAUGGCCAAACGGAAUCGAGGUGUUGUUUGAAGCGGAUA